CUAUUCAAAUGCGGCCCAGUGCUCUCUUACGUCCUGGAUCCGCCGCUGUAGAGCAAUAUGGCAUCUAGGUGUCACAUAGGCGUAAGUCGUAAUUAGAUGUAUCUAUAAAUUUGUGAGUUUGUUUUUCUUGUUGUUAAAUGUAAAGGAAGUUACUAAUCAGUCUGAAAUGACGUGGAGAAAUAUUGUAAAUUGUUAUUUCGGUUAAUCAUAUAAUACAUAUUGCUAUUUUUACUUCCAACAUUUAUCUAAGCAUACGAUUAGGAGUGGCCUAAAGCGCCAAAUAAGGUCCCAAACCAAACGCUCGCCUAACAUCUUGUUAAACCUUGAUAUUUGAUUCUUGUCACGUUAUUAUUAAUAUUUUUUCACGUGAUUUCAUCAUUUAGGAAUCCCUCGACACCAAGGAGUUCCCAUCGUCGACGUUCUACCUCAUGAUCAACCGGCUCUCUCGACGGACGACCUCCCGUGGCUGAUCGGAAGCCUACCGGCAAGAAGCGCAAGGUUCAAAUUCUGGAACAAGACCUUACAAAGAUCCACCACCCUCCAAUACCUUCUGGUCAACUCCUUCCCUGACCAAAACCACCACCCCAAUGAACUCCACCGCCAACAGAAACAACAGCAACCGAAAAUCCUGCAAGUGGGCCCGUUAAUGCCCAAACACCAAGCCCACACCAGCAACAACGUAACCUUCUGGGAGCAAGACUCGGCCUGCUUGCACUGGCUGGACGCCCAAAAGCCCAACUCGGUCCUCUACAUAGCCUUCGGCAGCUGGGUCAGCCCAAUAGGAGAGCCCAAAGUCCGGGCCCUCGCAACCACCCUGGAAGCCCUCCACGUCCCUUUCGUCUGGGUGCUGGGACCCGCAUGGAGGCAGGGGCUGCCACGUGGGUACGAGAAGAGGCUGUGGGACAGCCAGCGUGGCAGGGUGGUGUCAUGGGCCCCGCAAAUGGAGGUGCUGCGACACAGCGCCGUUGGGUGGUUCCUGACGCACUGUGGGUGGAACUCGACGGUGGAGGCUGUCCGGUGCCGGAAGCCGAUGUUGUGCUAUCCGAUCGCCGGCGACCAGUUCGCCAACUGUGCGAGGAUCGUGGAGGAGUGGAGGGUUGGGGUGAGGCUGAGCGGGUUCGGGAGAAGGGAAUUGGAGGAAGGGAUGAAGAGUGUUUUGGGAGAUGGGGAGAUGAGUGGCAAGUUAGAGUGUUUGUGUGAAGUGAGUUUGGGGGAUGAAGCUAGGGUUAGGGCUAGUGAUAAUCUCAAUGCCUUUGUUGAUCUUGUCUUUAAUUAGGAGGAGCACUCUUCCUUCGCGUUGAUCUUAUAGAGGAUAUAUGAAGUGUGUAUCAUCCUAAUGUGUGUGGUGUGGUUUGGGUGUGUGUUUGCAAAGGUUUUUGUCUUGGUUUCGUGUACGAUGCCUAACAACUUUGAAAUACGAAUAAUGGGUUUGAUGAAUUGUAGCUGGUUACGUAGUUGACGGGUUGAUAUAAUUGAAUGUUUAUCCAAAUAUAUGUUAUUUACAGUAUGUUUAGCUCUGCCAAAGUCUUAUAAUAUACAUUUUUGCAUAUAUAUAUAUGCGCGUUUUCAUAAUUUUUUGUGUUGGUUACGUAAAUUUGGUAACACACAUAGUAGAACUGACGAAUUAGAAAUGUUAAACUUGAAGAAAGAGAAGCUUAUCCCAAUCCACCAUUAGGGUGGCGGUUUAGUACGAUAUAGCCUAACAGUCUCCUGCUAAUUAAUUAAAUCCAACCCUCUUAGCUAGGUAGAAAGUGCUUAUUACGAAUUAACCACUGUGGAUAAGUAUCAGUGAAACUAGACCUCCCAACUGAAUUGCUCUACAGACUGAAAAAAAGCCAGGCUCCACUGCAACAAGGCAACAACCCCUUUUUGGCGGAAUUGAUUAGCAUGCUAACCAUAAAUUGUAAAUACAAUAAUAGUAAUAUUUUUCUAAUUUUUUUAUAUAAUUGUAAGACUAUGUUUGGAAGUUAGGAUUCUCUAAAUUGAUGUAUUUAAUCAAUGUAUGUAUUAUAAUUAGAUGUAUUGUUUCAAUGUAUGAAUUUGAAAAAUACAUUGUUUGGAGAUUGAAUGAUUUUGGUGGUCCCUCAAAGAUAAGGAACAAAAGUAAGACAACAAUCCCUCAAACACAAUCUCUACUAAAAGUUGAGAUUGACAAUCAUUCAUAAUGAAUGAUUCUGGUGGAC